AUGAAUGUUUUGUUCAUUUUAUACAUUUACUUAAAUGUUUCUUGCUAUUCAUUAAGGAUUCCUAGAGAUUUAUUCAGUACAGACUUAUAUUUAUCUGCUUAUAAUGGAUUAUUUAUUUUUUCAUUUUUGAAUUCGAAAAAUAUUUUACAAACAUCGCAAAAUAGUUAUAGAACUUUUAAAAGUUUUAAUGUUCCCCCGCCCGGUUCAAGGAUAGAAUUUGAGUUAAAUCGCAUUAAAAUAGAUCCUCUCAACAAUAGUCCAUGGGAAUAUGAAGUUGCAAUUGUUGAUUCUUACCAAAAGGGUAAAAACAUUUCUUACCGAUUUUUAAAAAACGACUGGGGAUAUUUAGAUCACACUGAUGAUCCAAACCAACCUUCAGGUGUUAUUGAGGGUGGUCCUCAGAAUUAUGAGGGUAAGGGUUUACAGUUGAAGGGUGGAAAGGAUAGGCAAAGAACUGAGUAUUUGCCAUAUUAUCUGGACCACGGUGUUCAUUUCAGACAGAGGGUUGAGAUGGGUCAAAUUUCCUACGACAUUAGUCCAAUCGCUUGUCAAGAUAUAGCCUUCUAUGAGACCGAUUUGGAUUUGGAGAGAAAGCAAUGGGGAAGUUGGCAUCAACCAAAGGUAAAUAAACUUGGUUAUAUGCGUUCUGCAUUUCGAUCACACAUAAGAAUUGAAAACCCUACUGAAUUAGCGUAUCCUUGGAUUAAAAGAUUUGAUCUUUUCGAGAGAGUACCUUUACAUCGAGAAAGACCUAGCACUAUCAUACCUACUCCCGAUCCCGAUUGUCUUUUCUCGGCUCUGGAUUGUUUUUCCGGAUAUAUUCCAGAUUUUGAUUUACCCACAGUUGAGCAAUGUCUUGUGAAUCAGAAGAAGUUAUUGAAGGAGUGGUCGAGGCUUGAGAAGUUGUAUAACAAGAGUCCUGAUGUCAAAUUACUACAAGAUAUUAAGGACAUUAAGUUUGCUUUGUUUGGAAUACGUGAUUUUUCUGAUUCUGAGGAUGAAAUGCUUAAAAUCGUAACCAACAUUGCUUUAUCUCGUGCUAGAAUGAUGCUACAACUUCAAGCAAAUGAUUGGAGGAAAGACCCAGAGACUAUAGAAUAUUAUAUAACUAGGAUAGAAGAGGGUGAAGUGGAUCCCAGCAGUGACUAUCAAGGCCCUGAAAAGACUGUAGCUUUGAAUCUGGUCAAUUACAAACCAAUGAGUAGGAAGUUUAAUGCCCACACCAGCAUUGAGGAGAUGGCUGAAACUUACCACAGGCUCAUUACUGAGAAUCGCAGAGAAGGUCGUGUUCACACAAGAACUGAAAUUACACCCUCUGAAGAGAAUACAUUCUAUCCUCUAAGAAAACAACGGAGAAAAUUUCCGGCUUUAGAGGCUGAAUAUAGGCCGAUUUGGACUAAUAGAAGUUACGGGUCUGAGUUUGGUGAUGCUUUAAGAACGUCACAGAAAAUACCCGAGGAAGCGUUAACUGAGUUCGGAAGACCUUUGAAGAAGAGGAAACGUAAAUUCACCAAGGAUGAACGAAAGAGUAAUUUCAGAGACGACUAUUCCACUUUUGAACAUGAAUAUAAUUACUGAUAUACGAAAUUGAUGAUAUUCAAAUAAUUCAUGCUAAUUUUUAUUCUGGUAUAAUUUAAAGAUUUUGUCAAUUUUU